AAUCAAACCUAUACCUACACAGUAGGCCUAUGUGUGUCCCCUGAAGGGAGCGUCCAAACUGCUAGACCACCCCAGGCCACAAUUAAACUAAAUGUUGACAGUUCAUGCAUAAACUUAGGAUACACUUUGCACUUGUAUAUCGUAGCCUAGUGGAGACUAAUAUCUAAUCUUGUUAUUAAGCUAUAUAAAACAAUGAUUGUUAUGUAUGGCUCCCUUUCAGAUGAUACAUUUUUGUACUUUUAAAUGUUGCAGUAAUAGGACCUAGGCCUAGUGUUUGAGCAAGUGAGAGAUAAUAUAUUAUUUUGAUAGCAGGCCUGAUCCCAAUGACUCAACUGCCCCUGCAUGGAGAUAAAGAGAACUGCACAUUUUCAAGGAAUAGCAAGGCUCAUUUGAAUUUCCUGAUGCCGCAGGAAAAUUCUCCUUGACAAAAGAGUGAUUAAGUUAAGAUCUGACAUCUGUAGCCUAAAGUGUCAAAUUUGUCUAGGCAGGAAUUUGAUUGGCAAGUCAUAGACAUGUCAAAAUGCACUCUAUUUUCGGGUUUCUGGAGGUGUCGGAAACGUUUGCUCUUUGAAAGCAGAUGACUUGCUCACUUUUCUCUUUGCUCACUGGCCCAUGGAGUUAUCGAGUGACAUGCUUGGAGGUCUUUGGCCUCAGCUGUACCUUAGCUGUAAGGUGAGGGCUAAUAGACAUGGCCUGCAUGCUUGGACAAAGUCAGACAAAAAAAGCAACAGCAGCACAACACUUCUCAUGACCGGUUUCUGUCCAAAUGAAGAGAUUCGAUACAUGCCGCAAUUUGUAACAAGCAUUUGAUGUAAUUGGUGUUUUCUGACCAAGUAUUUUAACUCUCAUUUUGCCAUGAUACCAAAAAAUAACUAGAAAGACAGUAGAUCAUGAGACACAUAAUGCACUAUUUGCCAAAUUCCAACUAUAGGAGAGACACUAAAGUACAGAUCUCACCAGGAUGAAGUUCUCUGCAUCCACUUGAUUUUCAUUUGACGGCACUUUACGAUCCAUAAAAUAAUUUAGAGAACCGAAAAAGAACCGAAAAAUCGGCAAUCCCUUGAAAGGUUGGACCAUAAAACAUGCUAGCAAGAAUCACAACAGUAACAAUCCGCACCUGGAGAAUUACCCAGACCAGAAAGCUUCCCUCUUUCAAACAUAUUUCCCUUUAUCUAGGAAUGAUCAAGCAAUUGAGUUCCAUCCUCCCAAUCAAAACCAUGACAAACAAUUGGUCAGCAUUCCACCACUACAAAUGCAAGAAGGUGUGACCUAAGGAAAAGGUGUGGCCUCUACACCUGCUAGUUUGGCAUCAAAGGAUAUGUAGUUAUAACACCAAUCGAGGUGGCUGUUUGUUGUGUCUAGAGCUUUGCACAUACAGUGGAAAUUCCUCAACAUCAAUCCAUCAACUGAAAGGUCAAAGGUCUAGCAAAUUUUUGACAUUUGAACACUGCAUUUACAUGUAAUGGUGAUUAGUCACCUGAAGUCCAUACGUUACACAACCCGCCAAUGAAAGAGUGAGAUGGAGGUGACAUUUCUGUGGCAGGGAAAAGCAGCGUUCUCAAAGUAUCAAAGCUACCAGUCCUCUGUUUACUAAUACGCCCACCUUUCCCUUUCUCCCACCCUCAAAACACCAUCCCUCCACAGUCAGACACAGAGUUCUGGGACAAGAUGCAGGCAGAGUGGGAGGAGCUAGCGCGACGGAACUGGUUAACGGAGAACGAGCAGGCCCAGACCCCCUCCAGUGUGUCGCCUCACGAGAAGGGCUACUACUUUCACACGGACAACCCCUACAAGGACUGGCCCAACGCAUUUGAGGAGGGGUUUCGAAAGUCCAAAGAGGGAGAUCUGCCCAACGCUGUCCUGUUACUGGAGGGGGCCAUUUUACAGGAUCCGCAGGACUCAGAGGCUUGGCAAGUGUUGGGGACCACCCAGGCCGAGAAUGAGAACGAGCAGGCUGCUAUUGUCUCCCUCCAAAGGUGUCUGGAGCUCCACCCUAACAACCUCCAGGCCCUCAUGGCCCUGGCGGUGAGCCUGACCAACACGGGCAUGAGGCAGGAUGCCUGCGAGGCGCUGCUGUGCUGGCUCCGCCACAACUCCAAGUACAAGCACCUGCUGAAGGGCAAGAGACACCUGGCGGGCUCCCCGGGCUCCCAACGUAGGAUGUCUCGUGUCUCUACUGUGGGCAGGAAUGAGAGCUCCCUAUUGCUGGAGGUCAAGGAGUUGUUCCUGGAGGCCGCCCAGCACAACAGGGAUACCGACCCGGACCUGCAGACGGGCCUGGGCGUGCUGUUCAACAUCAGCGCUGAGUUCAACAAAGCUGUGGAGGCCUUCAAUGCUGCCCUGUCAGUGCGGCCUGAGGACUACCUGCUGUGGAACCGCCUGGGUGCCACGCUGGCUAACGGGGACCGCAGCGAGGAGGCAGUGGAAGCCUACACCAGAGCCCUGGAGCUCCAGCCGGGUUUCAUUAGGUCCCGCUACAAUCUGGGCAUCAGCUGCAUCAACCUGGGAGCACACAGGGAGGCGGCCAGUAACUUCCUAACGGCCCUGAGUCUGCAGAGGAAGAGCCGGAGUCGGCAGCUCUCGCACCAGGUCAUGUCGGGGAACAUCUGGGCCGCCCUGCGGAUAGCCCUGUCCAUGAUGGACCAGCCGGAGCUCUUCCAGGCGGCCAACAUCGGAGACCUAGACCUACUCAUGAAAGCCUUCAACCUGGACAUGUGAGUGGAGAUGAGCCAUGGAGACAAGGCUCUACUCUCCUAUCAACAGCCAAGAAUCCAAAGUGUACAGAUGGAAAGAGCGGUUUUGUCCAGUUGAUGACUAGUGUGUGGUCUGUUUUUGCACGCACUACAAGAAUUUGCCUAAGUACCUCUGCAGUCUUGAGUACUGCAUGUGCUCGAAGAAGAGACUAUUUUGCGAUGGAUUUGCACUGCAAUUUGUGAUUUUUCCAGAAGAUCACAAGGACGGGCAAAGAUUGUCCAAGUAGGGUAGAGUGGGGUAAGUCAUGCCAAUGGGUUGGUUGAGCCACCCCUUGUUUCUAGGAAACCAGACACAAAAUGAAUCAUGUGACCAAAUAUUUAGGACAGGGUUAUCAUCUCAUGAAGUCUGUGAAGAAAGAAAACACAUGGAACAAGUGGUAAGGAAGUUAGGUCCAAGAAAACGAUUUUCACAAAGUCAAAUUAAUGUAUUAUUAUAGGUUUCAUGAUGCUUGUAUGUAAAACAAAGUAGAUAGUUUUAAGACUGGUUUAUACAUCAGUUUGGGUCUCUAUGAGCUACAAUAUGAGGUCCUUAACCUAGCAUGAAAGUGCAUCAACGUAGCUGUGUGGCCUAAUAUAGUCAAAAUGGUUGCUUUGGGGUAAAGUUGAGCCAAUGGCUAAUCAAUACAUCCCAUACAAAUGAUGCAUAGUAUUUUGUCAGUUGUAUGCAUAAUAUUUUUGCAAUUUGUCAUGCAUAUGAACUCGAUUUCUAUUGUUACAGAGCAGACAUCAUCAUGCCCUGUGUAUACAAGCGUUUUUUUUAAAAGCAGGGAUCUGGCCCCUCGAGGUUCUUGAAAGAGCAGCCAAGGAAGUGAGAGAAGGGACGAAGUCUAUUUGAGCAGCAGCAAGGGAUGAAAAAAAGACACGUAAGACAAAAAAGAAAACAAAGAUUUACCUGUGUGCUAUGAUAGAGUAGCAGAGGCACAUAAAGGUCUUGCCUGAUGACAUGGAGUCUGAGCUUGCUAAACAGACCCAUUUUAUGGGCUUAGUAGCCUCAAAUGCAGAGAACUUGCUUACGAAUUGGUACAUCGAAACAAAAUCCCAGUCUCUGACAAUCUUACCCCAAGGUGUUUCCACUCACCCUGUCCCCUUGCUAAAUUUACCCCAUAAGUUAUGCCAAGAGACCAUUUUUUUUUUACAUUCUGUUUUCAAAACAUACUGUAUGUUUACAUGAAUUCAGAUUUUUCUAGGGAUACACAACAUCCUGAAAUAUAUAGAUAUUUUGACAAAGUGAUGCUGAAUGUAAAAAAAUGGCUCAACAUACCCCACUCUCCCCUAAUGCCUUAAAGAACACCGAACACCGUGGCACUGAGCUAGAGAGAGAAAGUGAAAUGCUGAGAAUACUGUUGCUGAGCAGUGUUGAGGUUUGACAAAAACCUCCUUCCUCAUCCAACUACAGUACUUUCAGAGUGUUCGGAUUGUCACACCCAUCGACCUACAGAAAGGAUUUAGUGAGUAAAAUCAAGACUACACCAUAGGAGGACUCAAUCCGUUUUCAUCAGAAAAUCAAUAGAUCCUUUUAAGAGGUGGUUUUAUCCUCUUUUAAUUAAGGGAGGGAAAGCACUGCAUGGAGACUAAAGCAUUUCCCCAAAAAUAAUUCACAAACAAAAGUUUUGAAUUCUUUAACUUUUCUUGCACUUUGAAAACAAACUGAUAAUUUCCUCCUAUCUUAAUGAAAUCUGCAGAUUGUAAAGCCUUUACUCGAAACGCAUGCUAAAACAAUAUAAACAUUCACACAUUUUUUGUAAGUCAAUUUCAGAUUAAUUUUUUACUUCCUUUAAUACUUGGCAUCCUCCGAAUCCUUCAUGUUUUGUGGUGUGCUCAGCUCCUCAUUAUAUUUGCCAGGUUUUCCCUUACUCUUUCAUUGGUUAGAUUUUUUUUUUCACUCAGAGCUGCAUAUGUACAGUACUUCACGUGUCAGAAAAACACAUUCUGUUGAAUUUGUUCAGGUUUGUGCUUAUGGCUGGGAUGACAUUCAAUCUAUUCUCUCAUGUCACAUUGCUAAAUCAAAAGAUUAAGCUUUGUAGUGAAUGGAUUGGAGGCAUUCCACAAUUUUCUAGAAGACAGCAUCUUUGUGUAACAUCUUGUAACACCUCAAAAGGUUACUAAACAUGACAACAUCUCAUGUUAAUGUCAGGUUUAUCGAAACACAGCAAAAAAAAGAAACGUCUUCUCAUUGUCAACUGCGUUUAUUUUCAACA